AUGUUCAUCCGCCGCCUGUGGGCCCGCAGGCUUCUUGCUACCGUCGUUGGCGUGCCUGUUGUUUCUAUUGGCGGACUCACUGCCUAUGUACAAUACCGGCAGUACAAGCGACCACAACUGCACGUCGUCUACCCUGUUGUGAAUGAAAACGGCGCAUUAGUCUUGGAGGGGAGAGUGAUCGCAAAGCCCGGUGCCUUGUCGAUUGCCGGCCGUCUUUUGGAGCUUUUCCUUCUCUUUUUCCCACUCGCAGUGCUUUACGUGGUGAUGCGGCUGCGAAGGGAGUGGUAUCUCUACUGGCUGGAACUGCUCCUUCGUGCGGUGGAGCGGGCAGGACCCGCAUUUGUAAAGGCCGGCCAAUGGAGCUGCACGCGGCACGACAUGUUCUCACCGGAGUUCCGCACAGUGUUUCGGCGGCUGUACAGCGAGGUGGACAUCCACCCCUACCAGAUGUCGCUUCAGGUGCUGCGGGAGGAGCUGCAGCAGGACCCGGCGUCGGUCUUUUCACACAUUGAGGAACAGCCGGUGGGGUCGGGCUCGAUUGGGCAAGUGCAUCUUGCCACGCUGCGCAGUACAGGGGAGAAGGUCGUCGUGAAGGUGAUGCACCCGAAGAUUGAGGAGACAAUUGUGAAGGACUUCUGCAUCAUUAUGGGAAUGGCAUGGUUCUUUGACAAGUGCUUCCGCUCCCUGGAAAUGUAUGAACUGCCGGCGUUGACACGUGCAUGGACGGCUCACCUGGCAGCACAACUCGAUUUCCGACUGGAGGCGAAGCAUUUGGCAAUAUUCCGAGAGAAUUUUAAGCAUGAAUCAUUUGUGGAAUUCCCGAGGCCACUCUUCUCAACGCAGCGCAUGCUUGUGGAGACGUUCUGCAAGGGCGAACCGGCCUCCAACGAGUUUCUCGCCGCACAAGAAGAGCAUGUACGCGACAUCCUUGCUCACAAAGGCCUUAACACGUGGUGCAAGAUGUUGCUGCACGACAACUUUGUGCACGGGGACAUGCACCCCGGCAACAUCCUCAUCGACGUCUCGGACCCGCACGACCCGCAUGUCUCGCUUAUAGAUGUGGGACUCUGUCAGCGCAUCACCCCAGAGGAGGGCGCUAUUACGCACGACUUGAUGGAGGCUUUUGUACACUGGAAAGCUGACCUGUGUGUUGAUGCGCUGCUACGGAUGGGCAAGACUCAGCGCUUCGUUGACAAGGAAAAGUUUGCACGGGAGGCGGAGUGGCUUUUUGACCACUGGCGCCCCAAGAAAUCUUCCGAUCGUGCUGUGAGUAAUAUCCUACAGGCGUUAUUUGAGUGCAUUCGCGAAAACCACGUACAGAUGGAUCCUCCAUACGUAUCACUCUUAUUUUCCGUUCUCGUGCUGGAGGCGUUUAUCAUGAACCUCAACCCGGAGUUCAACAUGGUGCGACACACCGCCCCGUGGCUCGUGAGUGAGGGACACAUCUCAUACGCCUUGGCAAAGAAUAUCCUGCUAACACGUUUGGAUGUUAUGAGGCACGAGAUAGGCGCCCUGCGUGGCCGUGCGAGAGAUACUUGGUCAAAGGACUUGGCGGGGAACAGUAAUGUGCGCUUGAGCUCAGGCGAAUGGUAG